AUGGCAUCGUCGACCCAGGAUGAAGUCCACAACAAACAAAAAACGACACAUGCUUCAAGUCACCAGGCUCAAGAUCGCAAGGCAUCUCUUGAGGCCUUGGUGAUACAGAAGCCGCCUGCUCGACAGCCCACACCGGCCGUUUGCAACAAGCCCGUGCCGGGAAUCAUCGGCAUCAAACCUGCUGUCAACGAGGACCAGAGCCUCAAUAUCGAUGCGAGUCUCCGUCCCACGUACUUUCUCAUGCGCCCAGGGCCAGGCCAUACCCGAUGCAUCGUGCCACUGAUCCCUCUUGAUCUCCUGCCACAGCACAUAAACAUUACCGGCCUGCCACGAUAUUUGUCUCCCGCCCAGACGAGCCGCAUGUCCAGCGUUGGCACAUACGCAAAGGCAGAAAAUACGCCUUGCUACGAGCUAGACAUAGGACAGCCCAGUGACACCGACGAAGGGCUCACUAGAGAGGAGACUGUUCAGAGUGCCAAUGCCAGCCCGGAACGCGUGCUAACUGAGGAGAUCCCUCGCAUCGUACUCAAUCCAGUCGUCUCUUCAGGUGGUAAGCCCUCGCCGCCUUUACUCGCGUUCGAAGCGGGCACUGCCGCCACUUCAGCGCACCACCACCACCGUCACGCCCAGUCGGCGAAGCUCAAGGCAGGACGCGGGAAUUACUGUCGUCACUACUGCCACCAUGGGACCUGCAAGUGGGGAUCACGCUGCCGUUACCAGCACAUAAUGCCGAGCACGUCUUCGGGACUGGCGGAGGUUGGACUCAAGAACUUUCCGGCUUGGUACCGCGCUGUACUAGUCAACCUGCAAAGUGCUGGCAGAAUGCAUUACCACCACGAGAUGCAAGCUGACAAAGUGGAGGGGCAUGAGAGAGGACGAUGGGUGGGACAGGGCAUGGCGGAGCACCAGACUAGAGGCGGGAAUGUGGAGGUGGAGCGUUUGAGGCAGGAGACGAACGGCUAUUGUGCUACGAGCGUCGCAGGAACGGUGCACCAGAGCCUGGCUCAGCAGAGACUGGUUGACUUGGACUAGAAGCUGCCACAUACGGGCCUGGGAAGGGGGCUCAAGUAUCUUGGACAUGUUCAGAAUCACAAGC